CAACCAUAAACAGUACCGCGGUAGACGUUUAGAAGAAAACACUGGAACACGCUGAACUCGUCGUCGUCGCUGAGCGGAGACCCCAGUUUGAACGACAAUUAUCGCGACGAAGCUUAAAAAAAAGAAAAAAAAACACAAAAACAGAAAGAAAGAGAACAGACAGUAAAUAAAUAAUUAAAAUAAUAUUAAGUCUAUAAAGGCAAUAAGCGCGCAUAUUGAUCGAGCACAACACGGCUACGCUACGGUACAGUUUCGGGUUGCGGAAAUGUGUUGAAAUACCGUAAUCAAUAAAAUUUAAAUUCCAUAAAGACGGCUAAGGCGACACGAACGCUCAUAGCGAAAGGGGAGUGCAAUCAAUUUUGUGUGCUGUUUUUUUGUAUUUGUUUUUGGUUUUGGCUGAUUACGAGUAAUCAAUGACAUUUAAUGACAAAUACACACACACAUAUACAAACAUACAUAUUUUCAUGCGCGAAAAAUAAAUAAAACAAAUAGUACAAAGUGCAAAGCAACAAAGCAACAAAGCUACGAAGCAACGUUUGCCAACGUGAAGCAAGAAAGUGUAAAAAUAUGGAAAUUCGUUAUUAAUAUUAUUAAGCAAAUAAAGUAAAAUACUGCGAUACAGUGGAGAGCGAAAACAACAACACAAAAGAACUUGCAAAAAAGCCGCAGAAGCGGGAGUAAUGAACACCAAAAUCGAAUAGAAAAAAUACAACAACAAAAGCAAAAAUAAUAAUAACAACAACAAGGAAAUAAAAUAACAACAAUAAAAAUAACAAAAAAACUUGCGAAAAAUCGGCAAAAAUAAAAGCAGAUAACAACGAAGACGUAAGGAAAAAAUACAACAACAAAAAAUAUAUGUAUCCUACAACAACAACAACCAAAUUAUCAAAACUUGCCAAAAGCGGCAAAAAUAUAUGAAUUAAUUAACAUAAUCAUAGAAAAAAAAUACAACAACAAUAAAAUUACAACAAACAUAACAAAAAAACUCGCAAAAAGCAGCAAAUAAGCAUUAAAACCCGAAACUAAAGGGAAAAAAUACACAACAACAACAAUAGUUUACAACAACAAAUAUUACAGCAACAACAAGAACAAAUAUACUAAAAAAACUUGCAAAAAGCAGCAAAUAAGCAAUAAAUAUCGAAAAUAAAAAGAAAAUGUAUACCACAACAGCAAUAAUAAUUUAGAACAACAAAUUGCAACAACAACAAAUAUACGAAAAUAACUCAGAAAAAGCAGCAAAUAAGCAAUAAAUACCUAAAUCAAAAAUAAAAUAUAUACAACAACAACAAUAGUAAACAACAACAACAACAAAUAUAGCAAAAGAGCUCACAACAAUCAACAAAAAUCGCUACAAAUACCGAAAAAGCAUAUACAACAAGAACAAUAGUUUACAACAAAUUACAACAACAACAAUUUACAACAAACUACAACCACAAAAAAAUUACAAAAACAGCAAUAAAAACAAAAACCAGCGAGAUAACGUCGAAAAUUGCAUAGCGACUGCUGUUCGGUCGACACUGCCAAAGGGUUGCCGUGCGCGAAAAAGCUUGAAUUUAACAACACAGCAGCAACAACAAUACAACUAAGAGCAACGCUAAUUAAAUAGAAAAGCAAUAAGCGCAAGCAACAAGUGAGAAUAUACACAACAACAACAACAGGAACAAAGCAGCAAAAUAGAUUAUUUAAGUAAUUUAAUAAUAAAAACAGCAGAAACAACAACAAAAAACAAAAGCAACAACAACAAAAAACCAAAGCAACAAAAACCGUGUAAGUUCUGCGGGCGCAAGUAUGAAAAUGCUGAAAAGCCAAUUACAUACUACUUAGUAAUAGCCGUGGAACGGGCGCGAGUGGCGUUGAGAAGCGCCAAGUCACAGGCGAAAAAAUUCAGCCAAGCGGCGCAGACGACGAAGAAGCUGGCAAAUACCGAAUACAAAUCUAUUUGACUACAACUGGAGCUGACACGCGAUUUAUUAGCGGUUAAGGGCUGACGCGGUGAGCGCAGUCGAACACUGGGAGUUUGGCUGGUAAAACAAGUCACCGUGACCGGAGCACGUUGUGGCGACGUGCAGCUGCUGAAUGUCAUUGGGAAGCAGUUUUGCGAAGCGGCAGCAAGAACAAUAAUAAUAACAACAAUAAUAAUAAGUAGUAAAACAAUAGCAAUUAAAGCGAUUUUGUGAUAUAAGCUGUGUAAAUGAGAGCAUUAUGCAAAAGUGAGGUUAAAUAGAGACUCAUAAUAACUUCUGUUUUUAAUUUGAAAUAAAAAAAACAAAAACCAGCAACAAAUAUUAAUAGCAAAAAAAUAUUUUUGUUUCUAAUUUGAAAAAAAAAAUACCAACAAAAAACAAUAACAAAAAAUUAUAAAUAAAUAAUAAAAUAAAAAUACAAAAAAAUUAUAAAAAUUAAGGAAAAAUAUAAUAACUGCAACCAAUAUUAUUAAAAAAAAAACAAUAAUAACGACAAAAAAAUAAGAAAUAUAACACAAAAACAAAAUAAAAAAAAUAAAAACAACAAAAUUUUAAGAGCAAUUAAUAAUAAUUAAAAAAAAAUUCAACACAAAAGAUAUAUAAAAAAUUAUAGCAAAACAAAAAUAAAAAAAAAUAUUUUUGAUUUUGCUUCGUAACGAAAAUUUCCAGCGGACAUGAUAGCGAAGCUGGCUUACAGUUAUUAAUUGCGUUUUAGAAGCAGGCAAACAAACAACUAAAACAACUGCGAAAAAAAAACAAAUAAAAGCUUUUGUUCGGAAGAAUGUGUUUUUAAAGCGAACUCGGCGAUAAGCAGAUUAAAAACAAUAAAUACGUGUGAAAAAACUAUAAAAAAAAUAAAACAAAACAAAAAAUAAAAAUAAAAAUAAGAAAGAAAAAUAAAAAAUAAAAAUAAAUAAAUAAAAAAUAAACCAGAAAAAGUACAAAAAUUAAAUCUAUAUCAAUUUGAACUUGAAUAACUGUAAACAAUUGACAUUGGUGCUUGCAACAGCAAAAACAAGCAAUAAUUAACGCAAAACUAACAACAACAAACGCAGCGAACGCUUGCACAUUACUUAGACAACUAGUCAGUUAGUCAGUCAAACGAGUGCGCUUUAAGCGACUAACGCUGCGCAUUAGUACAACAAUAACAACAACAAUAGCAACGCACAAACCGGUUUGCCGUGCAAGGUCAACCGGCUAACGCCGCCAAAUAAAGCGACUAGGAAAGCAAACGCAACAAAUCAUUCAAACAUUUGUACCGUUAAACAGACUAGAGCAGUAGGCGAACAGACACGCGCUUCCGAAAAAGAAAUCCGAAAAAAAAAUCCGAGAAAAAACACGUCAAAUCAAAUCCUUUGUGACAAGCGCCAAAAUGGACACGACACUCACCACCUGGUUCAGCUGCAAUGAGGAAACACAAUGUUACGACACAAACAACAACAACAGUAGCAACAAUGCGCACAAUGAGAGUAACAAUAUGUACAACAGUCAGAGCAAUAACAAUGACAAUAGCAAUAGCACUAAUUAUGCCAACACAACUGACGUACAAGUCACAUUUAAUCAGCGCAAGCCGAACGAACUACGCCAGACGCGUUUGCAACGUCAGCACGAGCAGCUGCAUCACUCGCCGUCGUCGUCGCCGACACCGACACAAUUAGUACAAUCACCUGACACGCUAAGUGCAACGCAAACUCCAGUGGCACAAAGUGCGCAGCACGCGAGCGUUGAGAAGUCCCGUACGCCGAGCUUAGCACAGCGUUUGACGCGUCGCAAGCGUUUGCAACGACAGAAACCCACCGAACUGGACGAUGCCGAUUUUGCCUACGCCGCCGAUCUGGAAGAGGAGGAUGAAGAGGAGGAGGCGGUGCUCAAGCAGCAACAACAGGCGUCCACCAUGUUCAAUGUGACGCCGCUGAUGGAGACAAUGUGCCCGACGGAGCUACCGGCACCCACGUUUGCGGAAAAGCGCUUGAGCCACUUCCAGCAGCAACAUCACAGCACACCAUUCGAUGGACAGCCAUCAUCCUUGCCGAACUGCUUUGCAACCGCCGGUUCGAUCAGCACCUUCCAUCACCAACAUCAACACCAACACCAUCAGCACCAACACCAACAGCAUCAUCAUCAUCAUCACCAAAUGCAUCAGCAUCAUAUACGCGAGCGUCGCCUUAAGCAUGAGGAGUCCUUCGACUCGUCGACCACCACAACAACCAACACCACCGAUACGCCGGCCAGUCCGGCGAGUCCGUUGUUGCGUCGCCAUCAUUUUGCCAUGUUGAAGCGUGAUAAUUCCACACACUCGGAAUCGUCGAGUCGUUACUCGAGUGUGGAUAGUUUAUUGGAGGCGCGCAAACCCGAUCCCGAAGCUAUAUUGAUCAAUUUGGGUUUCGGUCCGGUCGGUUCGGAGGAUAUACUCUCACGCAUACCGAAACGUUUUCUCAAGCCGUCACAGGUGCGCGGCAUCGAUACAGAGGCUUUCGUACGUCGCCUGCAAUUGGCCAGCAAUCUUGCCGAUCACAGCGUGUUGGGCUAUCGUGGUCUCACCGGCAAUCCGGAUAUACCGCCAUCGCGUAUUGUCGCUAAAAUCAUGCAACGUUUCGAGGUGAAUGAGCGCAAAAAGUCAAUGGGCUCCAUUGAGCACACCAUUUGACAGUGUAAGGCGUCGCGUAUGCCGGAAUUCAUUCGUUCUCACCAGUGCCAAAUAAGUACUUUUAUGUGUUAACCGAGCGGAAUAUGUUGUUACUAAAUUAAUAAUAUUUAAAUAAAAUUUUAUAUCCCUUAAAUAGUUUUAGUCGGUCUACAUCUAGUUAUUGGUAGUUUUAGUUAUUAAUUAAAGCGAAAAGAAUAUUGUAAUUUGCCAUUGUACUUAACAUCGGUUGAACUUAAUUAAGUGAAUAUAUUGACAUAAAAUUGUUACUUAAUUUAUUCUUUUUAAAAUAAAUUUUAAUUUUUUUAAAUUUUGAAAAAAAUAUGUAAAA